AUGACAAUCAAAGCAACAACUAUUACUACCACUACCUUAGUUGCUCAAAAUCCAACAGCAGCAUUAGAAAAAUUUAAAAAACCUGAUUCUUCAAAAGUUGUAAUACGAUUUAGAGCAAUAGGUAAUGCACCAAUACUAAAACAAUUAAAUUAUAAAAUAAAUGCUGCAAACAAGUUUCAAGCUGUGAUUAAAUUCUUAAGAAAAGAAUUAAAUUACAAGACUUCGGAUCCUUUGUUUGUAUAUAUAAAUAGUGCAUUUUCACCAGCUCCCGAUGAGAUUGUUGCGAAUUUAUUUAAGUGUUUUAGUACUGAUGGAAGACAGCUUAUAGUAAAUUAUUGUACAACUGCAGCAUGGGGUUAA